UUUAUUUUUUAUAAUUAUGUAUCUUAAUCAUAAUUUUAAUAUAUUCGGUUACGAUCUUAACAAUGAAUUAAGACUUGGUUAAUCUUUCUUCUUUAGGCCUGCAUUUCACUUUCUAUAAACUAUCAACCAACAUUUUCCUAUAUCCUCCCCCGGGAUAACCGGAGGUGUGGAAAGAGCAGCUGUCAGAAGCAGAAAGACCCUUGGUUCUGGCAAAGGGAUCACAGUUACAACUAGCGUUAAUUAUAAAAAAGGAAAAAAAGAGAACCCCAUUAUAAGAAUAAAAAGAAAAUGCCAACAAGAAUGGUAACAUACUUAAGAGAAAGAACUGUAUAUGUAGCUGUUCUUGUAGAGGGACCAAGAAGAAGGAAAAACAGUUCAACAAACAACAAAAUUCAUCACUAUCAACAUCAACAUCUUCAUGUUAGACAUGUUGUUAAUGGUAGAGGAUACAAUAGGAAAGCUCAACUUCUUGAAUACUCAAGAAAUCUUCGAGCUGCGAAUCGAUCACAACCAUCAGUUUCACAGCCAGUCCAAAGACAGAAUUCUCAGCCAUCAACACCUAUGGUUCCACAGCACGUCCAAAGACAGAAUUCACAGAAGUAUUUUUUCCAGAUAGUUGCAGUGAAAAACAAGCCAAAAUAUGUAACUGUACCAGCUUGUAUGGGGAACUGGAAAUUUGUUAUGCCAAGGUUCCUCAGAUCAUUCAUGUCUCAGAAUAAGAAAUCCAAGAAGAAGAAGAAGAAGAAUAUGGCUUCUAAAACCAAUAAAAUAAAAGCCAUGGUGAAAAGUUUUCAGGUUCAAAGAAAGUCUGGCCUAUUCUCCAAAUUUUUUGCUUCAGUACGGAAGGGUCAUCGAUGAACAAACGAUCAUACCCGAGUCCCAGAAUCAAGGAAUAUGAGAGGUCCAUCGAUUAACAAACUGAGGAGUGAUAAUUGCUAUCAAAUUUUACUUUCAUAUGCCCUUCUCAUUUCAUUUACUUCUUUUUCUUUCCCUUAUUUAUUGGAGCUUAGAAGAAGGUUUACCUGAAUGGUUUAUCUUAUUUAGGUAAGCUGCAUUACAAUAUAUGCUAGAAUGCAAAACUUUAUUUCUUGAAGAAAUAUACAAGAGCAUCAUGAAUGUAAA